CUCUGAGUCAGAACCUAUGAUUAGGGUCAAAAUUAUACUUCUGCUGUUACUCUUCACAAACUGGGUGAAUUCUUCUGAGUGGCAGGAACAGCUAUCUCUCAUACUAUCCUUGCAUUGGUUUUAAGACAUUGCCAGAUUAUGGAAAUGCAGCUCUGAAUAGAAAAUAGAGGACUUUGUCGAAGUACCAAAGUUAAUUUUAUAAACUGAGACCCUGCAUUGUAAAGAGACAUGGAGGCUGUUUUAAGACUGUUGUUGAUCUCAGCAGGAGUGUCUCAUGGCUUGGAGUCUUCCUGUGAUGCUAGACAGAAUGGAUCUCAGUGUUAUGGAGCUCUGGGGGGAACUGUCUAUCUCCAGCUGGCUGAUACCAUGGCAUAUAUUCACUACUCAUUUUAUAAAUGCUCAACUGGUUCUCAAACAGAGAUACUGAAAACGAAGGGCACACUGUCUUCAAUUAGUGUGUCUUUUAUUACCAGACUACACUUCUUUAUAAACAAUGGGACAUUGAGGUUAAAUAACACACAAAGGAAUGAUUCUGGUGAAUACCUGCUCGAAACAUAUGAUUCAGAAGGGAAAUCAUCAGGGAGCAGAGGACUACAACUGUUCAUCGAAGCUCCAGUGUCCAGUCCUCAGCUGUCCUCUGAGUGUCUGUCUCAUGGAGAGAUGAGGGUGUCCUGCUCCUCUGAGGGGGAUGGUCCCCAGUACAGCUGGACUCUGGAUGGACAGACGCUGAACGACACUGAUGCCCCUCCUGAUAAUAAGACAAACACCGUCACUUUGAAGAAAGGCCUGUCAGGAAAUCUCACCUGUACCGUCAGAAACAACAUCAACCGUAAUACUGUCAGCAGAAGAAUCUCACACUGUUCAGGGCUGAUAUAUGAUAACUGCACCUUAUCCAACGGGAUAAAGAUAUCAGAGUGGGUGAAUACCCUAUGUGUUGAGUCUACAACAGUGGCGACUGUGACUGAGGCCCCCACCAGUAAAACCUCCACUGGAUCAGGGUUCAAUGUGUUUGUUUAUUUCCAACUUGCUGAAGUCUUCAUUCUGCUGAUAAUCUGUCUGGGAUCAUACUGGUUUUACAAGAAGAAAACCUGUCCUCAAGAACAAGAUGAUGGUGAGUAAGCAGAGUGUUUGCAGUCUCUCAGGUUGAUCAUGGUGGGACUCUAAGAGGGGUGUUGAUGUUAUGAAAGUUGCCAUGGAGACCAUGACUAAUGAUGAUGUUAUACUGCUUAUUGCUGUUUUACUCUUAAUCAAGCUCAAACUCAAAGCACAGUCACGUAUUUAGUUAUUUUUACAUAUGUCUUCAUAGUUUCAUAAUGUUCCAUCAGACCUGCCCUUAACAAAGUUAUAAUGAAUGAUCUAUGCGAUGGUAUUUAUUUAAUGGAUUUUAACUCUUGAAUUGUAGUGUUUUAGGGGUUUUUCAUUUGUACAUACAGUUUUUUAUAAACUAAUGAAAAUGCUAUUGUGUUUUUGAAAAUACAUUUUCUUUCAUAUUCGAAUGUGACCUAAAGCCUUCACAAACAGAUUUGUAUUUUGCGAGAGCAGAUAUGUGGAGUUCAAAAGGUACCUGCACUCAAAACUAUGAAACGGAAUGCAAAAAUAAUGCACUUCAUUUAAUCAAUGUUCCAAAGAAUACAAAAGGUUCUAGAAAACAAAAACAGAGGAUGCAUUUUGACCACAUGUUUUUAUUAGUGCUAGGGAACUGUAACAGACACUUCCAUUCUUACUGUAACUUCAUGUUUUGAUUUGAUGUGGUAUUUGUGCGAUUUUGAAUGCAUUGAAAUAAAAUCAAGCUACUUUUGAAACAUUCUGGACCUUCAGAAUGGCACCAAAGGAGAUUGUCGUUUUACGAUCCCAUAA